AGGAAAGAAAGAGUAAGCAACAAGUAUUGGGUGUGGAUAAUCGGGAGGAAGGGAGUAGAUGCCGUUGAUCGGAGUCUUGGACUUCCUAUUUCGUCUAAAAUUUUCCAGCACUUAACUAGUAGCUCUUGGGGUUUUAGGGUUUUGGAAGAAUCAGAGGCUUUAGGACAUGGCUGGUAAAUGGAAUCACACAGCUUUACUCGUUAUCGACAUGCAGAAAGAUUUUAUACACGAGGAUGGUCUGAUGCUAGUGAACGGUGGCAGAGCCAUAGUUCACAAUGUAAUCAAGGCCGUCCAAGUCGCCAGGGAGCGUGGAAUUCUUGUAGUUUGGGUUGUUCGUGAGCAUGAUCCACUCGGGAGAGAUGUGGAACACUUCCGCCGGCAUUUAUAUGCUGCUGGGAAAGUGGGUCCAACCGCUAAGGGAAGUGUGGGUGCGGAAUUGGUUGAUGGCCUUGUGAUUAAAGAAGGGGACUAUAAAUUGGUGAAGACGCGCUUUAGUGCUUUCUUUGCUACACACCUUCAUUCUUUUCUUCAGGGUGCCGGAAUUAAUAAAUUGGUUAUCACUGGUGUUCAAACUCCAAAUUGCAUCAGGCAGACUGUCUUUGAUGCAGUAGCAUUGGAUUAUCGAUCUGUUUCUGUUAUUGUUGAUGCUACUGCUGCUGCUACACCAGAGGUGCAUGUUGCUGGCAUUGCAUUUAAGCAACCUGCUAUUCUAAAUAUCAACUGGAAGAUGCCAUAUCAAUUCCUUGGAGUCUAGCUGCGUCAGUACAAUUUUUUCUCAAUUUUGCUGCCCAAUUCAUGGGAAGGCCUUGUAGAUACAAGGAUUAGCGAUUAGUGAUGUAAAGGUCAGAGUUGAAACUCAAUGCAGCUAGUAUCAGCUAAACCUGCCAAUUAAUUUGAACGAUCAUAUAUUCUCUAUCAAAGUGACAUGUUAAAGGGAAGUUGUAAAUGGUGACUGUAGCCAAGUAGUGGACAAAUGUGUAUUGGGCAGAAGAAAAGCAAGAGCUAGAUGUCUUAUUUGCAUUAAUAUGUUAUUCUGAGAGCAAAUUUGUUCAAGGGACUGCUACUUGAAACACAGAAAUUAAUGGUUUUAAUGAUCUUGGAUAAAAAUCAUAUUAUGGCAGUAUUAGGCAAGCUGAAGUGAAGGAAGGGUAAAGUGAUUGACUAGAGAAAUUUUAUACUGGAUGCUGACUUAUAUAGAGUUUAGAAAUGUAUGCUGCCGUUGGGACCUUUUAUAGGAUAAUCAACCUGGACUAGAAACAAGAGCCAAAACUGGAGGAUGGUUACUGUAUCCAAAGGACAAACGGGGUGAAGAAGUUUUAGCACAUUCAAAUUGCUCUAAAAAUCAUUUGUUCCAAGAGAAGCUUUUGGAACUGGUUCCACAUGCGCUGGCACUAAUCCUUGUCUUGCAGUAUCUCCUGAUCAUUCUUUUAAACUUGAUUACUGAAGACAAUGAACAACUCAUGGAGAAGUUGUUCUGAAAGACCUUGAAUCAGAUAUGUACUUCUCUUCUGGCAUGAUGGGUAAUGGGCAAUAAGUUCUUGGAAAGUGAUUACUUACUUUCUGUGCUAUUACAUGUAUUUGGUAGUAUGUUAUAAUCCUUAAUUACUCCUGCUUCUGGUGUAGCAUGCAGAUGCAGCUGUGAUGUAUUACAUUUUGAAGUUUUUGUUUUAUUUUCUGAUCUUCUAGCAAAUUCACCUCUCCUUGAAAUUAAAAAUUUGACUUCAACGAUAUGCAUAACUGACGUGGAAUCUCUAUAUCAUUUGAACCAGCCAACAUCUUUGA